AGAGAUGGAGCAUUACUCAGACUCCUUCUGCGGGAGCUGCGGCGGGGGAGGGAUCGAGAGCGAGCGAGAGCGUCCGAGGAGGGGGAGCGAGAGAGCCAGGCAGCGAGGGCGCCGCACUGUGCUGGCCGCCCGGAGCGCCGCGGCCGCUUCCCAGCCCUCGCCGGGCUUUGGGAAGCGUCUGGGGGCCCCCACCCCGCCCCCGGCAGGCGGCCGGCCGGCCCCCGCGACGCCCUUUUCUCGGCACCCCUGGGUCCCCGCCCUCCCCAGCCCUCCCCACUCUGGAAGCGCUGGGCUCGGGAGUAGGCGAGAGCAGCGGCAGCCUGGACGAGGGCAGCGGCGGCUGGAGCCCCUGUCCCUGGCUGCCCAGGGCACCGCGAGCCCGAGAGCCGCGGCGGCGGCGGAGGGAUGAAGUCAGAGGGCACCCCUAACUUGCCGGCAGUUCCUUGAUACCUUGGAGCCUAGGGAAUGAAUAGCUUCGGCUGGUGCCGCCGCCAGUCACGGUCCG